CGAAGAGGUUCCGCACAGAACCCGUUAAGUAUCGUCUAAAAUAGAGGAAUCCCCGCCGCCGUCUGAGACGCACUCCGACACUUAAACACUGCUGACCACUGAAAUGGAACUCGAAGCUGCGACGUCGUGUAGAAUCUCUUCCUCUUUCAGCCGCCUCCUGACUCCCCCUCCGGCUGCAAUCAGCUUCAUCAACCGGGAUAAGCCAACAAAAGCUCUUCCUGUUCCCCUUUCCGGCAAUCUUUUUGCAAACGCUUCUGUUCGUGCUCGCCGGAAUUUUCAAUGUAAAGCCAGCAAUAAUAUUGAAGUUGCUGAUAAAUUAAAGAUGGCAGCUACAGAUUUUUCUGAUGACCUGGAGCUCUCAAGCUUGACGGCAUUGUGCCCGCUUGAUGGUCGUUAUUGGGAAAAGGUCAAAGGGCUGGUACCUUUUUUGAGUGAAUAUGGUUUAAUUCGCUACCGGGUUCUGGUUGAGGUUAAGUGGUUGUUAAAACUUUCGCAAAUUCCUGAGAUCCCUGAGGUCCCCAAGUUCUCUAAAGCUGCUGAGACUUUUCUGGAAAAUUUAUUCCAUGAAUUCAGUUUAAAUGAUGCUAAGGAAGUCAAGAAAAUUGAGAAAGUGACUAACCAUGAUGUUAAAGCAGUUGAAUACUUUUUGAAGAAAAAGUGUCAGGCACACCCAGAGAUAGCCAAGGUGCUUGAAUUUUUCCAUUUUGCUUGCACUUCUGAGGACAUCAAUAAUCUUGCUCAUGCACUAAUGCUCAAGGAAGCAUUGGAUAGGAGCAUCCUUCCAGCUAUGGAUGAAGUGAUCUCAAAAAUAUCUAAAAUGGCUUUGGACAAUGCCAGCAUUCCUAUGCUUUCUCGCACUCAUGGGCAGCCUGCAUCACCAACAACCUUGGGAAAGGAAAUGGCCAUCUUUGCCUACAGGUUAAACAGCCUAAGGUGGAAUGUUUCAAAAGUUAAGAUUUUGGGGAAGUUUGCGGGUGCAGUUGGGAACUACAAUGCACAUUUAGUAGCGUACCCUGAUAUAAUUUGGCCGAAAGUUGCAGAGGAAUUUGUUAAAUCUCUUGGAAUUGGCUUCAAUCCCUAUGUGCCUCAAAUUGAACCUCAUGACUAUAUGGCUGAGCUUUUCCAUUCUAUCAUCCUGUUUAACAACAUCUUGCUUGAUUUUAAUAGAGAUAUAUGGGGAUAUAUAUCUUUGGGUUAUUUCAAACAGCUAACUAAAGCCGGUGAGAUUGGGUCGUCAACCAUGCCCCACAAAGUCAAUCCAAUCGACUUUGAAAAUAGUGAAGGGAAUCUUGGUGUUGCCAAUGGCGGAUUAUCGCAUCUAAGCAUGAAGUUACCUAUCUCUCGGUGGCAGAGAGAUUUGACCGAUUCUACGGUUCUCAGAAACAUGGGUGUAGGAUUAGGACACACUCUUCUUGCCUACAAGAAUGCAUUGCAGGGAAUUGCAAAGCUUCAGGUCAAUGAAGCUCGCUUGAGUGAAGAUUUGAAUUCUUGUUGGGAAGUACUUGCUGAACCAAUACAAACUGUGAUGCGAAGAUAUGGUGUUCCAGAACCUUAUGAGAAAUUAAAGGAGCUUACCAGAGGACGAUCAGUGACUCAAGAAAGCAUGAGAGAAUUCAUUAAUGGUCUAGACAUACCAAGUGAUGCAAAAUCAUCGCUCUUAAAUCUAACACCUCAGAGUUACGUUGGGGCAGCAACUGAAUUGGCCCAAAACAUUGAAUUAGCUCUCCGUUUAGUUAACGGUAGAAGCAUUCACUGAUUUUGGUUAAAGAGUGAAUUGGGUUGUGGAAGGUGAUGCUUAUUUCUGUAGGUCUGCUGACUGAAUUCAGCAAAGUUUCGUACCUGAGGUUCAGUUCUUCUCUCCUUAGUAGACUUGGGGGGUAUAUUUUAACGUGAAGAUCUCGCAUAGCGCUGUUGUAUCGACUAGAACCUAGGAUGAUAUAGCUUGAUAGUUUGUUGAGCGUUAAACUGUAGUGGUGUUAGCCAAUCUGUGCACCAAAUUGGCCAAAUUUUGUUCAGUUGCAUAAAACAUCAGUAGUAUAAUAAGGUCUUAUUGACACCAAAAUUUCUUAUGAUAAUUAAGGUCUGAUUGAUAAGUUGACCAAGAGUCAAAAGAGGGAAAAUGUAGUACCUUCUCACGUCUCACAAAAAUAGUUCACAUUGAGAUUUGAAAUUUGUAUUGUUUUGAGUACAAAUUUUAAAACUCAAUGUGGAUUAUUUUUGUGGGACGGAGGGAGUAUUAUGUCCUGGCUUCAUUUGGAUGAAAGGCCUAAAAUGUAGUUAAACCCAUCUUACUAGUACCUGUUUUUCUGCAAGAAAGAACUUUUUUUUUAUUCAUUUUCAUUUUUUAAAUCGAUUACGCCCAAGGAGGAUUAGGCCCAAGUAGUUUACUAGGAUUAUUCCAUGUAUUAGGUAAGAUUGGUUCACAAAUUUAAAUGAUAUCGUCAAC